AUGUUGGGUAGUCCGUCAAAUAACGGAGGCAUUAGAAUGCUGGCCCCGGCACCAAAUGACGACAGGCGGGUUGAGUUUGUGGCCCUCGCCGCUGUUCACACAGAAAGAAGCGAAACGUCAUCUCCAGAGCGGGGACACCCUUCUCAUCGCACCGGCUUACUGGGCACACCGCUGCCAGUGCCACCGGGACCGAGGACGACUCCUUCUGCCUCCAGCAAACGCUACAGAAAGUUACAAAACUGCCUGUACAACGUGCUCGAGAGACCAAGAGGAUGGGCAUUUAUCUAUCACGCCUUCAUUUUUCUCCUGGUGUUCAGCUGUCUGGUGCUUUCUGUUUUCUCCACCAUUCCAGAUCACCACACAGUCGCCAACGAGGGGCUCUUCCUUUUGGAGUUUGUGAUGAUUGUAGUUUUUGGAAUGGAGUAUUUUGUGAGGAUCUGGGCUGCUGGAUGUUGCUGCAGGUAUAGAGGAUGGCAGGGUCGAUUACGCUUCGCCAGGAAGCCCUUCUGUGUUAUAGACUUCAUUGUAUUUGUGGCGUCGCUGGCAGUGAUAGCAGCGGGCACACAGGGAAAUAUCUUUGCCACAUCUGCUCUUCGCAGCAUGCGUUUUCUGCAGAUCUUGCGUAUGGUGCGCAUGGAUCGCAGAGGAGGCACCUGGAAGUUACUGGGCUCUGUAGUUUAUGCUCACAGCAAGGAGCUUAUCACAGCCUGGUACAUCGGCUUCCUGGUGCUGAUUUUUGCCUCCUUCUUGGUCUAUUUGGCUGAGAAGGACAACAAUCAGGAUUUUACCACUUAUGCUGACUCCCUUUGGUGGGGAACAAUAACCCUCACUACAAUCGGCUAUGGUGAUAAGACUCCACACACCUGGCAAGGUCGGCUAUUAGCAGCUUGCUUUGCCCUGCUAGGAGUUUCCUUUUUUGCCCUGCCUGCUGGCAUUCUGGGUUCAGGUUUUGCUCUGAAAGUUCAGGAGCAGCACAGACAGAAACAUUUUGAGAAAAGGAGGACUCCUGCUGCCAACCUCAUACAGGCUGCAUGGCGUCUCUACUCUACAGAUGCACAGCACUCAUAUCUCACUGCUACCUGGUAUUUCUAUGACAGUAUGCUGCCGUCCUUCAGAGAACUGACAUUACUGUUCAGUCACCUUCAACGGCAGCGUAGCACCAAGAAGGUUCUUCACAACUCCUACCACCCCUUGCUGUCGGGGCUCCGGCCAUAUAGCUCCCCUACCUAUCAUUCCUCUAAUUCUCUCGCCAGUGGUAAAAUGGGAUUCCGUGACCGCAUUAGGAUGAACAAUUCCCGUUCUUCUCAGGCUAUCCGGAGCAAGGCUUCUCUUCUGCCCCUAGGGAAUGUGCGUGGCUCACCCAGCACAGAGAAUGUUUCAGAAGCCACCAGCCCUGGAAAGGUCCAGAAAAGCUGGAGCUUCAACGAUCGUACUCGAUUUCGUACCUCUCUCCGUCUAAAACCACGACCUGCUCCAGAUGCUGAUGGAGUGGGAGAAGAGAGCACAGAGGACAAAUCUUACUGUGAUGUUGCCAUGGAAGAUGUGAUACCAGCAGUAAAGACACUAAUUCGAGCCGUUAGGAUUCUUAAAUUCCUGGUGGCCAAGCGAAAGUUUAAAGAAACCCUGCGACCAUAUGAUGUAAAGGAUGUGAUUGAGCAGUAUUCAGCUGGACACCUUGAUAUGCUUGGCAGAAUCAAAAGCCUGCAGAUGAGGGUGGAUCAGAUUGUAGGCCGUGGUGCCAUUCCAUCAGAUAAAAAGGUGAGGUCUGAAAAAGGAGAGAAAAUAGCUCCCGAACUGGAACACAUGGAUGAAUUAAGCAUGAUGGGGCGUGUAAUUAAGGUAGAGAAGCAGGUGCAGUCCAUCGAAAACAAGCUGGACCUGCUGCUGAACUUCUAUUCCCAGUGCCUUAACAAGGGCUCGUCCCAUUUCACCAUGUCCUCCCUGCUGGAACCUGACUUAACGGACUACCACAGUCCCACUGAUCAGCAUGAUCCCUUCCCCUCCGCAAACACCCUUAAUAUCUCACACUCAGACAGUGGCAACAUGGAAUGACCCACAUGGGACGACUGAAAAAUGUAGGUCAUCCAUCAGCCCCAGGCUGACUGUAGCAUCAGGGCACUCAUCCAAAGGCUAAAUACCUCCCUACACUACCAGCACAAAAAAAACCUGUAUCCUUGCAUCGGUCCUUUCUUUGCACAGUGGAUGGUGGCAUCUUGCUUCCUUUGCUAGACUAUGCCUUGGAAACACCCUGGUGUUACACAGUGUCUCAUUUUUUUAUUUAUUUUUUUGCCCUUAGUAAUGGUAAAACCAAUCCUCAUUUUUUCCCAGUAAACUACCAAUCUCCUUGUGCCUGUUUGCAUUUCUUUUAUCAGGAACAUUUCACCUGAAAAGUACUCUCACUUGAAGAUGAGUUUUACUUGGUUUUCUGCGUUGAACAUUUGGACUCAAUCCAGUAGAUGACAGAGUUUUAGCAUUAGAGUUUUGCUAAACUGCUGAGCACCAACUCUUUUUCAGUCUUCCAAAAUACAUGGAGACAAAUCACUGUCAUUGACUGCUCCAAAACUGUCACCUCUUUUUGAUUGUAGAUGUCAAUUGUUGAACAUAAAUUCAUUUUUUCAUUCGUGUUAUUUCUUUCUGGAACUCUUGGUGCCAAUAUUGUUUCUUGGCUUUGUUUUGUCAUAGCUUUUGAUAAUCAAUAUUGGCUCUCAGAGCAAUUAUUUUCUAAGAAUCAGGGCAUUGUGAAUCUGAACUGAAUAAGAUUUUGGAAUCUCCUUUUUGGCCUUGGCCUUACACUUUGACCUGAUGCAAUAAACUCCUUGUGACACAAGAAGUCGCUGAUCUUCAAAUGAAUGUACUGCAUUCAUUACUCUACCUUGUCUGUUUGUCAUUACCAUUGCCCUUCAAGAGAAUGGCCUCCGAGACAGGAGGACAGUAUGAUGGAUUGUGACCAAGGGAUAUUGGAUGGCAUCUCCAGCAAUGCGUCAUCGCUUGUCAUUUUAUUCUUGCAUGGAUUGGCAGUUCUCACUUCUUGGCAUUUCAGACAAGAAGAAACAUGCCAUAUUGGGUUUAUUCUUCCCACAUUGUGGCAAACUCUUGGUAUCUUGUUGGGUCAUGCUCUUCUGCCACAGCAUAAUGAAAGCCACAAUCUUACAAAAAACAAAUUUAAAAUUACACAAAAAUAUUCUUUAAUGACAUAACCAGCAUUAAAAUAUAUGACAGAAUGAGGCAGUGCUUUGAUUAUUUCAUGUUUUUUUAAACCUGAAAAUGAUUAUUUUGUUUUUUUUUUAAAUUAGUGGGAUUAGUUAUAGAGGUUGUUCAUAUGCCCCACUCCCCUCUCUGCCUUGCAGCCCAUUUCCUCAUUCUGUACGUGCAACUAUGAUCAAAUCAACAAGUCAAUAUUCAGAAGUCUAUUUUUCUCUCCUCCCUAUAUGUGACUCUCGAUAAAUUCAGAUUAGAUUGAGAUUAAAGACUGAGGUCUUACAACCAGACUGCUAUGACCUCACAAUUGAUGCCUCACUUUUGCUCCUUUUAUCAUCCCUGAGAGGUCAAUUGGUCAACGGUCUAAUAAGAUGAAAUACUUAUCAUGCAUUCUUUUUCCUCUUGUGAUCAUACAAAAACACUCACACGUGCCCUUAAAAAAAAGUUCACACAAAAAGGAAAAUCCUGUCAUAAUUCACUCACCCUUACAUUGUUUUAAACCUGUAUUCUUUCAUUUUGAAUGUUGACUGAGGCUUACAUUCUGCCUUACAACUCUUUUUGUGUUCCAUGGACAAAAGAAGUUUAGAACAACAUGGGUUGAGUAAAUGAUGACAGAAUUUAAACUUAGCCAUGAACAGACUCAAAACUAUUUAGGAGGACUGAGAAAACUAUGAGAACUGAGAUAUAUCUGAGUCAUUCAGAAAGACAUUAGUCUGAGUCAUUAUUAUCUAUACAUGCAGUUAUGGGAAAGGUUCCAGCUUUAUACAAAAUGCUUCAGCCAGCUCAGGUACCAGACAGCAUGGAUGGGGUGUAGGGAAUACAGCACUCCUCUGCCUUACUGAUAUACACUAACUAGAGCACACAGACCAUGCGUUUAUGGUACAACGUUGAACCUAAGAGAAUGUUUAGGCCACUUAUCAUGGCAUUAAUUCAUCAUUCUGUUGGACAGAACUGGAGUACAGAGUUCAAAUAGAGUUUUCUACAUAAUCUCCUUUGCAUCUUCACAGAUUUAAAUAUGUAUAUGCUUUUGGAAAAUCUCAUCUACUGUAACAAUUUUUCAAUAUCUCUUGCAAUGUUAUCUUAGGUUUACCUUGUCUUGCUUUGUUACGAUUAUUUAUUUUCUUUAGUGUUUUUAUUUCCUCUACACAUUCUCUAACUUCUAGCUCUUUAAACAGAACACUGAAC